UCGUGGUUGCCAAUGGCAACGCGUGCCAGUGUCUACCUUGCCCACCCCAGCGUGCAGCGAUGGGCCCGGAAUCCCUACCAAAGCCCCAGCAGCACAAAGCAAAGAUAUGUAUGUGGAAAUACCUAGAUGUUCAUUCCAUGGAUCUCAUUGAGAAGGCCCAAACCACCGACGAACUGAAGAGGCUCCUUGCUGAGCUGUUCAACCUGCAGGAUUUCGAAUUAAACCCACGCUCUGCUAUCUUGUUGGAUCUGUACUUCUACUCCAUCCAGUUCAGCCGGGAGCAAGGCUUCAACCAGGAACAGACCUCCGCCUUCUUCUCCAUCGUGAAGGACACACAUGAGGCCUGCGUGGAAACACCGCUACCAAACGUGGAGGAAUGCUACAGCUACUUCACAGAACUGGUUUUCUGCCACUCCAUCCGGAGACCCCCCUUCAGCAUUGACCUCUUCAGUCAGGAUCAGCUGGUGCUCAUAACAGACUACGUGAUCAACACCUACUUCCGGCACUUCAAACUUUACAAAUAUGCUUUCACUCCACAGGUGCGGCUGGAUAUAUCCUUUUCCUAUAUUGGGAUGCCAGAGCCCAGAGAAGAAGCAGCAGAGCCAGCUGAGAGUUUGGAGCCACCCCUGUCACCUUUGCAGGAAGACAGCAAGGAAGCCGCUGCUGCAGCUGAGGAAGACCCCACCGCUGCGCUGCGGGAGUACAUUUCAGCCCAGCUCAACCAGGAGCUGGCCCAGCUGCGCCUUUCGGUGGAGCAGCGCCUACGGGCCACAGAGGAGCAGUUCAACAGCAAGCUGGUACAGCUGGAGAAAGGUCCCAGUGGCAAGGGGAGUGGCAAGGGCAAGAAGAAGUGAGCAAGGAGCCCAGAAAGGGGUGGAAAUGAAGGAAUAAUACGUAUUUUAAGAGCCAUCCGGUGCCUUUUUUGGGGUGUGGGGGCUGCCACUGUAGAGGUUGCCAAAGGUUAUCCCUAACUCUUUGGCGGUGCAUCCAAAGGGGAGACGGUUUGCAGGGUGUGACCCAACAAGUGAAGUGUUUGUGUUUCUCAGUAUCAAUGAAUACAAGUAUUUCUCCUUAUUCUCUCCCCCACCCUGCCUUGUCUCCACUGUCUUAAUUUCUCUUUCCCCACUCCUUUCGACUCCUCUUUGAGGUCAUCUUCUUUAUUCUAUUGUUUUAUUGCUUCCUCUGGAAAAUGCACUUUUAAAUUGAUUGAAUAAAGAGCAAAGUGAUAGAUGGA